AAAAGUCUCAGAUUAACAAGACUGAGAGACCUCAUCAAAACCGCUCCCUGGCUAGCUAGCUACCUCUCUUUCUUUGUUGAUCUUCAUCUUCUAAUUCUUCCAUGUCUAAUGAAUCUAGAGACCUUUAUUACCGAUCUCUCUUCCCUGACGAUCAACAUAAUAUGUCUGCAAACGCCGGCAUGUAUCAUGACCAGAAGCCCUCCAUUGCUGCUGGUUCUUCUGUUUACACUACUUCUUCGCGCGAGUUUGAUGCUGGAAACCUCAACUUCGCCGACUGCUUAAAUGGGUUGGUCGACUAUAAUUCUCUUGAGAAGGCCUUCGGCAUGUCGCCUUCUUCCUCUGAGGUGUUUUCUUCCGUUGAAGGUAAUCAGAAACUGGUUGGUCCUGAAGACUUAGGUGAAAACUUGGCGACCCCAAAUUCUUCCAUCUCUUCUUCUUCUACAGAGGCUGGUGCAGAAGAAGAUUCCGGCAAGAGUAAGAAAGAUGCGCAACCUAAAGGGUCGGAUGAUGGAGGAGAAACCUCUAAGAAAAUAAGCAAAGCAAAGAAACAAAAAGGAGAAAAGAGGCAGAAGGAACCGCGAGUUGCGUUCAUGACAAAGAGCGAGGUUGAUCAUCUUGAAGAUGGGUAUAGAUGGAGAAAAUACGGACAAAAAGCUGUCAAGAAUAGUCCUUAUCCAAGAAGCUAUUAUAGGUGCACUACUCAGAAAUGCACAGUCAAGAAACGUGUGGAGAGAUCUUUUCAAGAUCCAUCGAUUGUGAUCACGACGUAUGAAGGCCAACACAAUCACCCCAUCCCCACAACGCUGAGAGGCAACGCCGCCGGAAUGUUCCGGCCUUCUAUGUUAACGCCGACGCCGAUCGACAUGUCGAGCUACGCUCAUCAUGAAUGGCUCGGGAGUUACUUGCCCGGUGCAGGCAUACAUAAUAACCAUGGUAGUGGUGCAGGCGCUUUGCAAAUGCACCCACAGAAUAAUGUUAACGUCUCUUUUGAGCAGUAUCAUCAACCACAGCUUCCUGAUUACGGGCUUUUGCAGGACGUAGUUCCUUCUAUGUUCCUCAAAAGAGAGCCAUGAAUGAUUGAAUGCCCGAUGGAUAUUAUGAUGAUUAAUUUAUCUCCAAUAUCUCCAUAUCCGCUGCUUCCCCCUCUCAUUGUAAAUACUCCUACUAGCUAGAGAGGUACUUGAAUUUUUUUUUUCUUUCCCUAUUUUGUUUCUAACCUUUUCGAGCACAACGAUGAUUAUCUAUAGCUACUAUAUAUAUAUAUAUUU